AUGGAGAGAACACGGGUCGCUAAGGUUGAAGACGUGACCUUAGCCCGCCGAGGAGAACAAGUUGUUGGCACGCUUCACCUCACCCCGCAUCAUAUUAUCUUCUCCCACGUUCCUCCCCAACCAGAUAAUACACAGGCACAAGGCGCAGUUGUCAGGCCAAGAGAGCUUUGGAUAACAUAUCCCAUCAUAUCCUUUUGCACCUAUCGUCCGACUCCCGCCGUCUCCCGCCAACCGUCAUCGAUUCGCCUACGAUGCCGAGAUUUCACCUUUGUUUGCUUCUAUUUUACCGCAGAGAGCAGAGCUAGAGAUGUGUUUGAGAGCAUUAAAUCGUGGACUUGCAAGAUCGGGCGAAUCGAUAGACUAUAUGCUUUUUCCUUUCAGCCGCCGACUCCCGAGCGCGAGGUUAAUGGCUGGGCCCUCUACGAUCCCCGCAAAGAGUUGGCGCGACAAGGCGUAGACGGCAAUAAUGGUCAUGGUUGGCGCAUAUCGCACAUAAACUCAGACUAUGGGUUCUCCCCCACCUACCCUGCCAUCUUCGCUGUCCCGACCGGCAUCUCGGACAACACGAUCAAUUAUGCCGGAAAAUUCAGGUCUCGUGCUCGGAUACCAGUAUUGACGUACCUGCACCCCAUCAACAACUGUUCCAUCACCAGAAGCUCUCAACCGCUCGUUGGCUUCCGCGGGAACAGAAGCAUCCAGGACGAGAAGCUUUUGGCAGCCAUCUUUGCGAGUACGCGCUCAGAUAGGCCGCUCGCCAACUUUACCCCUCCGAAUCUAGACCAUGAGUCCUCAACUUCGACACAAGGCGAGCUGCCUGGCAGUCAGAGCUUCCCGGAUAUUACAAAUGCUGAAGAGUUAGAAGAUGAGCUUCUCGCGUCGGUUGAGGAAGCUGACGACAAACCUCACAUAUAUGGUGCUCAACAACAUAAUCUAAUCGUCGAUGCGCGGCCCACCGUCAAUGCUAUCGCUAUGCAAGCUGUUGGACUAGGCUCAGAGAAUAUGGACCACUAUCCGUUUGCUACGAAAGCCUAUCUCGGGAUUGAUAACAUCCAUGUGAUGAGGGAUUCUCUCAACAGGGUGAUAGACGCGCUCAAGGACUCGGAUCUAACCCCACUUGGUCCGAACAGAGAUCAGCUGGCAAAGAGUGGCUGGUUGAAGCAUAUAUCCGGCAUCUUGGAAGGCUCUGGUCUGAUUGCUCGGCAAGUCGGCCUUCAGCACUCGCAUGUAUUAAUUCACUGCUCGGAUGGUUGGGAUCGCACAAGUCAGCUGAGCGCCUUGAGUCAGAUUUGUCUUGAUCCGUAUUAUCGAACCAUGGAAGGAUUCAUGGUUUUGGUGGAAAAGGACUGGCUUUCUUUCGGCCACAUGUUCCGCCACAGAGCGGGACACCUGAAUAGUGAAAAAUGGUUCCAGAUCGAGAACGAAAGGAUAGGGGGUGACUUGGGACGUGGUUCUGGCGAGAGUGGCGGCGCCGGUAAAGCCAUUGAAAACGCUUUCCUCAGCGCAAAGGGCUUUUUUGCUCGAGACAACACCAGUCGUGAUUCGCUUGGCGACUCGGAGGGAGACGUCAGAGAAUAUGAUUCCGAUACCCCUGCGGCCAUGAGGCCGUCACCCACGCCGAGGACCGCUGUUGCUGAGAAAGAAGUUACCAAACCGAAAGAGACAAGCCCGGUCUUCCAUCAAUUUCUCGACGCAACCUACCAGAUGCUGUAUCAAUACCCCACGCGAUUCGAGUUCAAUGAGCGGUUUCUACGACGACUGCUCUACCACCUGUAUUCAUGCCAGUAUGGCACUUUUGUCUUCAAUAGUGAGAAAGAGCGUGUGGAUAUGAACGCCAAGGAGCGGACGCGCAGUGUCUGGGACUAUUUCCUUGCGAGGAAAGAGCAGUUUCUGAACCCAAAGUACGAGGCAGAUAUCGACGACAACCAGCGGGGCAAAGAACGAUUGAUCUUUCCUCGAGUCAAGGAAGUCAGGUGGUGGAGUGAAGCUUUCGGCCGGACAGACGCGGAAAUGAACGGAGGUCGCAUGAGCAGCGCUUUUCAGGCUACUCCCCGGGAUAACUCAGGGUCACCCAUAUUGACAGGUGUUGAAACGAGCCAACAAGCCUUGGGCAGUGGUGUACCUGCUAACCAGUCCCCGCCAUCGAUGAACAAGGUGUCAACAGUGAUAUCAGGAAUCUCUGAUCUAUCCUUCUCCACAGGUAAGGAUAAAAACUCUGGCUCGAGCGGCAUGAGCCAAAUGGAGGUUGAGAUGCAGUGA